AUGGGAGAUAAUAAUAACAAAGGAGCGGUUGAUACAACAUCCAUCAAAGUUGAAACGUCGAGCAGUAGCGACUAUGCCGUUGAAUCAGCACAAGCCAAAGAUUACGAUACCCGUGUGCUUGAAGAGCUUGGCUACAAGCAAGAAUUUACUCGUGAAGUCAGUUUAAUGGUGCAAGCUGGUUUUGCAUUUUCCACAAUGGCAGUAUUGCCAAACUGGCUAGUAAAUCUUACGGCAACAAUGUCAGCAGGCGGCCCCAUGUCCUUGUUUUGGGGUAUUAUUGUCAUUGCUCCCUUUGUUUCCUGUAUCGCUUUAAGUAUGGCCGAAAUUUUCUCAGCUUAUCCCGUAAAUGGUGGUGUCUAUUCGUGGUGUUAUUUACUAAGUUCACCUGAAUGGGGUCCAAUCAUGUCUUGGCUUUGUGGAUACAUUUUUACGGGUGGACUGUUGUCUGUAUUGAUGACUCUCGCUUACACCAUGGCCGAAUAUGUCAUUGCAAUUGCCAAUGUCAUGAACGUUCAACAGACCGAUAAUCAAGGUGCCAUUGUUGGCUUAUAUAUUCUUUUCCUUAUCAUCGGUGUCGGUUACUCCUACCUUGGCAUCAAAUUCAGCGGCUAUCUUAAUUACUUUAUGAUCUACUGGGUCGGCAUCGGUACCAUUCUUGUCGUGGUGAUCAUGCCAGCAAUGGCACCUACGCAUCCUUCAGCUGAAUGGGUGUUCACCGUUUUCGAAAACACUACGGGCUACAAGAAUCAAGGCAUCACAUUCUUGCUUGGUAUGCUUCAAGCAGGCUGGUGUUUGAUUGGAUACGAAAAUGGUGCUCAAAUUGCUGAAGGUACUCGCAAUGCCAGCACCAGCGGUCCUAUUGGCUUGAUGAUUGCCGUAGGAAGUGGUAUUGUUCAAGCCCUUGUUGUAUCGAUUGCCGUUCUUUUUUCAAUCCAAGAUUUAGAGGAAUUGCAAAGCGAGACACCUGCAGGUGCUAUCGCCGUCCUUUUUGUUCGUGCUACUCGAAAUACCUCGUUGACUGCAUUUUUCCUUGUCAUUCUUCUCGUCACUCAAUUUGGAUCUCUUUGCAACUCUUUCCUUGCUGUCGCCCAGUUGAUCUGGUCCAUGGCUCGUGAUGGAUGCAUUCCUAAUCAUCGCUUCUGGUACAAGUUGUCAGGCAAACAUGAAGCUCCUCUACGCAUUCUUAUUUUGGUCGCUGUCAUUUGCAUUGUUGUCAUUAUGCCGUCCUUCGCUAGUGAAGUUUACUGGUCUGCUAUCAUGAGCACAGCUGUCAUUUGUGUGAACGUUGCAUAUGGUAUGCCAUUCUUUUGCCGUCUCGUGUGGAAGCGUGAUCACGUACACAAGGGUCCUUUCAAUCUUGGUCGAUGGAGCGUGCCUAUCAACUUUGUCGCCGUUCUUUGGGUCAUCUUCUUCGCCAUCAUUUUGUGUUUCCCAAGCGUUAGCCCCGUUGAGCCUGUCACCAUGAAUUGGGCUUCGUUGAUGAUUGGUGCCGUCUUUAUCUUCGCACUCACUUUUUGGUUCGUUGGUGGCCGAAAGACUUUCAAGGGUCCUAUGCAAACCUUGGGCAACAUGGCGACUGAAGAUGACAUCAAGGCGAAUGAAGCUUCUUAG